AUGGCCUUGAGUUCCCGGCUUAGAUCACUCUUAUUGACGCGAAUGGAUCAUGCGCGGUUUAUCGAUAAUGGGAAAUGGUUGCAAGGUCUUUUGGAGGGAUUCUCGGUUGAGAAUGUCCUUGGUAUUCCCUCUGUCGGCACGUCUCCUUGUGUUAUGAUAUAUGGUUCUUUUGUGGCCGGCACCGCAUUUCAGGAUGGGGACGCUGACUAUACCAUCGCGUUUAUUUCAAAAAAAUCACAUGAGGAGCUUUCAAGACUUGAAAAGCUUAAACCGUCGUCUUCGAAUUUUCUUGAAGUAUCACGCGAGCAUCAUCAAUAUGUUUUAUCAUCAAUUCUCAGGCAUAUCAAAAAUCAGGAUCCUUAUGCUGGCCUGGAACAUGAGCGCAUAUUUAUGGCACGAGUCCCCAUUGUUCGAUUAAAGAGAAAGAAAAAUACGGGGGAUGAUGGUAUGAGGUUUGACCUUUCUCUUUCAUUAGAUGGUUUUCGAAAUUCUUUAUUGAUUCGGUUAUAUAUGGAGUCUGAUCCACGUCUUAGGGCUGGGGCGCUCUGUGUAAAAAGAUGGGGUCUUUCUCAGAGAAUUCUGGAUGCUCGACGAGGGUGGAUUUCCCCUUACGCGCUGACUGUCAUGUAUAUAUUUUACAUGCAAGCAACAGGACGAAGUCGUUUUGUGAUCAAUGAAAGUAGGGUCGAUAAAAUGCUGGAGGCUGUAGCGGCAGGAAUCUCUGAAGAAUAUGGUAUAAAUUGUUCACAGUUUUAUGAGAAUAUUCCUUGUGUUGAUGUAAAUGCGUCUGACGUCUUGGCUGAUUUAAAAGGUUUUUUUUGUUUCUUUAGUGAUUCUAGACAAUUUGACUUUGAUGCGGAUGUUGUUGAUAUUCGAACCAAAGGUAAAUGCCUUUCUAAGGAGCGAUGGCUUGAAAAUAUGAGGGGAUUUAGCGAAAAGGAGCGAUGGGAACUUUUAGGUUAUGAGUUGAUUAUGGUGCGGGAUCCUUAUGAACCACACAACUUAGGUCGAAGUGUGGAUUUUUUUCGUGCUGAAGUUAUUCGUGAGGCAUUUCGAUUGGCUUCAGAAAAGUGUGCUGAGGAUCUACUAGAGCUCUAA